AGUACACAGAAAAAUGUCAAUGGACGCAAGCAAAUUGCUCGAGUCGUAAUUUUCCAAUUACAUUUUUACGUUUUCGGGUGAUAAUUUUUGACUAAAUUGCCGUGAAAAGUGUCUCAAGAUGUGCGCUGUUGGAUUUUGCAUUUAGUAAUGUACGAAUAUUUUGCUGCGAUUGUUCGGAAUCCGUAAAAAACAUAACAAGAAAGAAAAAAAAGUGUCAAGUGUCUCCCCCACAAAUGAAUUCGGGACGCGAUUUUCCGGAGCAAAAGCAGUUGUGCAAGCGAUAAGAUUUCGGGAGGGGGAGUGCUGAUAAAACCAAGACGAAUCUAUUUCCCCACCCGCAAGAGGAGGAUUAGAGUAAACACAACGCACAAGAUGCAGCGAAGAUCCCGACGGAAUCGACAAACGCUGGCAUUGUUCCUUGUGUUGAUGGCGUUAAUUGAAACCACACCCGGCCGGGUUUCGGCGACGGCGGCCGCGGCAUCAGCAGGUGGUUCGCCUUCGUCCGCCGUUGAAGAUUGGGACGAUCCGAUUGAGGAGGAGGAGGGUUAUUGUGCGCCGUACAACGGGAAGGUUUGCAAGUCGUUUGUCAACAGUCGACAGGUUUGGUACAGCCGGGAGGACGGGACUGGUGGGUGGGAGAACGAGAAGAUUACGGCCGCUUUGUUUCGGGAUUUGAUCACGGACCUGCCGGAUUACUGUCGACCGGCGGCGGAGAAAAUGCUUUGUGCGUACGCGUUCCCCCAGUGCGUCAUCAAGGACGGAGUGACGAUUCGGUUGCCGCUGUGCUACGAAGAUUGCGUGGCUACGCACUUGCAGUUUUGCUACAACGAUUGGGCGCUGAUUGAGGAGAAGAAGGAGCGGGGCGAUGUAAUUAAAUCGCGGGGUCACUUCCGGUUGCCAAACUGCGAGGAGCUGCCGAGGCACAACAAGAGCGCAAGGCCGCCAACGUGCUCGCACGUCGGAUUGACCGAGCUGAUCCAGGAGGAGGCCACCUAUGACUGCCGGAUGGGCAACGGGCGGUACUACAUCGGAACAGUGAAUGUAACGGCGACGGGCAUUCCGUGCCAAAAGUGGGACUCGCAGGAACCGCACUCGCACCACAAGCCACCACUCGUGUUCGGGGAGUUGCAGGACGCGGAAAACUUUUGUAGGAACGCAGGCGGUGAAGAGCCAACGCCGUGGUGCUACACGACGGACAAGGCCGUGCGCUGGCAGGCUUGCGACAUUCCGCUGUGUCCGAAUUCGACCGACAUGAUUUCCACCAAAAAGCCGGUAAGUAUCGUGAUGGAGUCGGUGUUUACCCCGUCCAUGAUUUUCCUGCUGUCCGGAAUCGGCUUCGUGGCCAUCGUGUUGCUCCAUCUGAUGGUGUUCCUGUGCUAUCGGAUUGCGAGGCACAACAACAACCGCCGGCAGGGCACGGCCGGCUACAAUACGGCGUCCACGCAGGACACGCAAGGAAUUGACAUCAACAAACUGCCCAGCAACGUAAACUAUCAUCGGACAGGGGCACAGCUCAAUCCGAAGCUGGAGAAGCUCGAGUUCCCCAGGAAUAACAUAAUUUACAUUAAGGACUUGGGCCAAGGCGCGUUUGGACGGGUUUUCCAAGCGAAGGCGCCUGGACUGAUCGCGGGGGAAGAUUUCACGUUGGUAGCUGUAAAAAUGCUCAAAGACGAAGCUAGUCAAGACUUGCAGGUUGAUUUCGAGCGCGAGGCGUGUCUGCUCGCCGAGUUUGACCAUCCAAACAUUGUCAAGCUGCUCGGAGUGUGCGCUUUGGGACGGCCCAUGUGCCUGCUGUUUGAGUUUAUGGCGCGUGGCGAUCUGAACGAGUUCCUGCGCCAAUGCUCGCCCUUUGCCCAACAGAACCGCGCCGACAGCAUCAGCACAGAACUGUCCCACGGCGACCUCCUGAACAUCGCGUUUCAAAUAGCAUCCGGAAUGGUCUAUCUUUCCGAGCGCAAGUUCGUCCACCGUGACUUGGCCACCCGGAACUGUCUCAUCGAUGACAACAUGGUCGUAAAAAUCGCCGACUUUGGCUUGUCGCACAAAAUCUACCUUCAGGACUACUACAAAGGUGAUGAAAACGAUGCCAUUCCGAUUCGCUGGAUGCCGCUCGAGUCGAUCCUCUACAACAAGUACACCAUCGAGUCGGACGUUUGGGCGUACGGCGUUUGCCUCUGGGAGAUAUUCUCGUUCGCGAUGCAACCGUACUACGGGAUGACCCACGAAGAGGUGGUCAAAUUUGUCAAGGAGGGAAACAUGCUGUCCUGUCCGGAGAAUACGCCACUGACGGUGUACGAUCUGAUGCGAAAGUGCUGGAGCCGAAAACCGGCGGAUCGUCCAAGCUUUUCGCUGAUUUACCAAAAGAUCCAUCAGAUCCGGGCGGACUUUGAUGGGAAAAUGUUGAUGUAGUCCCGCUAAGAAAAAGACUUUACACGGCGUGUGUGUGUGCACAUAAUCAAGUACUGCCACAUUCUCGUAUCUUUCGCAUGGUGCGUUGCUUAACGUACAAUGUAGAAACUCUUAUUUGUAAGAAAUCUUAAGAACUGGUUCGACUGAUUUUACGAUUUAUUCUAGUUUUAGUUUUGUUAAACGUUUUAACAGUCCAUUUACAACUAAUUUACAUUUGAAAUCAAGCAUUUCUCUAGAAUUUCGUCAAUAUUUUUGUUUGUAUUUGGAUCAAAAACUGUUUAUGCAUUCCCUAUGUCAGAAAAGCCAUUUAACUUUGUCGUUUUCUUUUUUUUAAUUUUUGUCGAUUUUUUCAACAAGCGUAUGAAAACCCUUCUUGAAAUCCAUUCUCACAAAAUCCAUUGCGAAUACUUUCUGUUUGUAUUUGGUUAGCCUAAAGGCUCACAAAUCUGGCCCAUCAACGAAAGCUUCUGGAAAGAUACUUUCCAAAUAUACUCGCUAGAGUUAUCUGAAAAUCUAGCUUUUUUACAAUAAUCAAAAAUCUGGAGCAACAUUUGAAACUAUUAGGUAUGGCAAAUCCGAGCCAACAGGUAGGUAACUGUUUAAGAAAACCCGCAGUGUUAUAAGAUAGCUGAGAAGGCCGGCUAUUGUUUAACAUUGCGAGUUUUGUGAAAAAGUUACCUGUUGGCUCGGAAUUUACAAAAUAGUUGUCAAAAAAUAAUGUAAACUAUCAAAACCCCCUUACCUUAUCAAAUCUAUAUGCCUAGGCGGUCAUGGGCAAUGUGAUAUGAAUCUCGCUGGAAAUCUUUGAAAAAAGUUUUUUUCAUUACUGUCCCAAAACUGGCUCCUUAUGACAAAGGAAAUUUAUAAAGUUUUAUCCAAAUACAAAGUUACCAACAAGAAAAUUUUUAUUCUUUGCGAAUAAUUGAGAACAUUUUAUUAACAAUUUUAACACGAUCCCAAUUUAAUCAAUUGAUUUUAAAAUAUAGUAUUAUCGACCUUGUUGUAUUAUAUUUUCAUCAUAUUUUACCAACAUUCUUUGGUGCCAAGUCACUAAUAUAAUCUCUUUUAUUUCACAAAACAUCAUUUUCUAUUUCCAAAACUAAACGAAACGAGGUUUGUCCUUUUUGAAAUAUCUCCUAGCCUAAAAAACGAAACUAACCAUUCAUCCAUUUCAAAUUACUGCUAUUUUGGCGAAGCAGGCGAAGCAAUAGAGCCGCGGCAUAUCGUCGGUGUGCGUUGGUUGUACAGAAUGAUAUUUCUAGUGUUUUGCUAAUCAGUUUUUACUUUCACCGCCCUCAAAGUGUGACACAAUCAAGUUGAACUGAACAAUAAUUUGGGUAAGCCAAUUUGGCUGGAUUUAUAGCUAUAUCAAUUAGUUUUAAGCAUUCUGUACUCGUAGAGACUAAGUAUUGAAACGUUUGAUUACCUGUUUAAACACAUAUUUUAGAAUAAUACCGUAAUCCGAAUAAUUUAUAUCACGAAACUGCAUCACUAAGAUAAUACAAUGCUCUCAGUUUAUUAAUUUUAAUUCAAAGAAUCUUUGAUAGCUGAUAAAGUUUAUCUCGUGUCACUAAACCACAUCCAGAUUUUUUUUGAUUUUUUAUCGUUUUCGGGAAAUGCAAUACAAUUUCCAACACAAAUUAAUAGUGAUAACAACAACUAUAACCUUGAACCUAAAAAAAAUACGAUAAUUCCUCAAGGAGUAGAAAAAAAGCAUCUUUCAGAUAUUGAAAGUCAAACGAAAAAAACACAUACUAAACAUACUAGAGAAGAUGUAAAAUUUCUAUUUUUAUAUAGCUUGUAAGCGGAUCGACGCCAUGACAGUACGAUAGUUUGGGAAUGCGUGAAAUUAAGUGACGAAAAAAGUUCGCAAAAAUUGCACCAUUGAAGCAAAAGUUUAGAUGCGACCGCAGAAAUUUAUGAACCAGUGUUUUUUUAAUCGAUAACCUCAAAAUUAUACUUGCUUACAUUUUAUGUUUUGUAGGUUUUUAGAAUUUUUUGUAUUAUUUUAUCCUGCAUAAGUAUUAUUUAUCAAUGAUUUUAGAUUUUUUUAUAUUUAAAAUAGAUAAAGGAAAUAUUUACCAGUGCAGCAUUUUGUAAGUUUUGAAAGUCCCUUGAAUCUUUAUAUUUUGCAAGUUAAAAUCUCUUGAUUUUUAACCUGCGUGUUCACACUGUGACAUCAUAAGAAAUGCUUUCAAUUUGCACACAAGAAAGACAUUUAAUUUUACUGCCUAUGAAUGAAAAAGACAAACAAUAAUGAAAUUGGCCCAGGAAGGGGCGAAAAUGACAUGCAAAUCCAAAGAGAGACCAUUUGAUAGUUUUAAGUAAGUAUUCAAAAAGUACAGUGUAAAAAUUAUAUGAGGUGUUCUAAUGAAAUAGAAUAUAAAUGUGUUUGUCCCAA